UUCGAAAUAAUCCCAUAAUGCAUGCAUGUGAUUUGCAUAAUCAAGAAUCUGAUUCUCUUUUCUUGAACACAAAAGCUCAAAACAAGUGCGAUCCCUCUUUGUACUCUGACCCGAUUUCUUUAUGUUCGGUAACUUUUUGAAUACAUACAUACAUACACAUAUAUACGCAUGCAUAUAGCAUGUAUACAUGUACUUGUGUAUGUAUUGACUGUUGUACAUGCAUAUGAUACAUAUACAUGUGUAUGUAUGUAUGUAUGUAUGUAUGUAUUCCAAAAAGUUGCAGAAAAACAAGUGUGAUCCAUCUCUAUGCUCAGAGCCAAUUUGUGUGUUGUACGUCUUUUGGAAUACACAUAUAUAGAUACAUACAUAUUAUAUAUGGCAUCUACGUACGUGUAUAUAUGUAUACGUACAACUACAAGUUGGGUAUAAAUGUAAACCUCGUCUCCCAACACACUGUUAUUACAGUCUUUCUUGCUCAUUCGAAAAACAAGGAAAAACUAAAUAUGCCAAUAGUCAAGAUAUUUCUUCUUCUUUCUCUGUUGCUUGUGAUUAAUUAUUCACUAAAAUCAGAUGGGGUGUUGGAGGAUUGGUGCAUAGCAGAUGAGCAAACACCGGACAGCGAGCUGCAGGCGGGAUUGGAUUGGGCGUGUGGUAAAGGAGGUGCAAACUGCAGCAAGAUUCAACCGGGCCAGGCGUGCUUUAAGCCCGAUACUGUGCGGGCCCACUCAUCUUAUGCCUUCAACAAUUACUAUCAGAAAUUCAAGCACAGAGGUGGCUCUUGUUACUUCAACUCUGCUGCCAUUACCACUGAUCUUAAUCCUAGUCAUGACUCUUGCAAUUAUGAGCUCACACCUUGAGAAUAGUCGAAGAUGCAUUUUCAAUUUCUCACUCCGCCCGGAAGAAUUAUUUAACAUCGGUUAUUAGGAUCUAGGUCCAGAGUUUCGAACUCUGCAUUUGUAACAGAUUUUGUAUUUAAAGAAGAAUCGAGCCAACGGUUCUUUGUUCUUUUUCUUGGCUCAGUUUCCACAUGUCAACCCUCAAAAGUAGGGAGGAAAAAUCACAACAAAUUAUUGACACUAAAAUGGCACAAAAAUUUUCUUUCUUUAGCAAGAAAUUACCAAAU